CUCUCUCUCUCUCUCUCUCUAGCACAAACAAAAUUCAAUCGCGAAAACUUUUCUGUUUUUCCCCAUCAUUUUGAGUUUGAUUUCACCACUCGUUCACCUUGAAAUCAGAUUUACACUCAAAUUUGAUUCGAAAAACAAAGAGAGAUUUAAGUGUGUGAAGAAGAACAACAAAAAUCGGCUGAUAAUUGAAGAAAAAAAUCAGUGGGUUUUGUUUAAUUUGAUCGUUAUCGCUGAAAGGAUUCAUGGGGGAAUCUUCGCCGUGCCUUGUUCGUUCAUUUUCUCAGCCUUCUCCCACUUCCAGUGAAGAAAAAAAGGGGAAUAAUCCUCUACAACGGGCACUAACAACAUCGAUAUCGUUCGGUAGAUUCAUGUCCGAAUCGUUGGACUGGGAAAAAUGGUCAUCUUUUACUCAAAAUCGACACUUGGAAGAAGUCGAGAGGUACUCUAAGCCCGGUUCUGUCGCUGAAAAGAAAGCUUAUUUCGAAGCCCAUUUCAAAAGGAGAAGAGCUGCUGCUUUGCUCGAGCAGCAAAUUGCCGAAGCUAACCACUUAUCCGAAACGAAUUCGGAAAAUAAAGUCGAAGAUAAUAUCAAUGUGGUUACUGAAAAGAAUAUAAAGGAAGAAGAAGAAAUUCAGAACAACGACCCUGUUUUUCCCGUUGCUCAAAGUGGUUCUUGUGAUGAAAAUCCAGUUGAACUAACUAACCAUCUUGAAAAUAACGAAUUUGUCGAUGAUAUUGUGUCGAAGAAAGUGGAUACGGAUGAUUCUGCUACGGAAAAAUCGGCUUCGUCGAGUAUGAAGAAGAUUCCUUCUGUUAAACCGAUAAUAAUGCCUGUUCAACUCAAGAAUAGUGAGAAGACUCCACACAGCAUAAGCAAUAUGAAAGACUCGAGCAACAAAAGGAGAUCGUAUACAACAUCCCUUCACAUGUCUAUCAAUUUUGCUUCGUGUUCUGGCGAAACCCGAAAAGUCGAAUCUCCAAUAAUGCCGAAAAUUGCUAACGCCACACUCGUAAGGGGUCCUGCCAAGAAAUACAAAAAUAACUUGCUUCCCCAAACUUCGACUAGGGCAUCUGUAAAUGGGAUAUUGAAGCCUCAUUCGGCUUUACCUCCAACAGAAAACAAAAGGACCAUAAUAGCAGACGGUAAUUCAAUUUCACGAAGCAGAACAGUGGAUGCGAAAGUGCAAUCUCCAUGUACAAAAUCGACAAACUACUUGAAAUCUUCAAGUACAUUUGGUAGCAAACCACGGUUACCAAGCGCGUCUUCUUCUUUCACACUCAAGAGUGAAGAAAGAGCAGAAAAACGAAGAGAGUUUUUUCAGAAGCUUGAGCAGAAAUUGAAACCGAAGGAUACGGAGAAACAACAGCAACUGCUACAUGCAAAAUCACAGGUCAGAAGAAGUUAUUCUAACGGUCUUCGUAAUUCAAUUGCGUCGAAAGCAACAAAAGACGCCGAGGCUCCUACUAAAGUAGAACCACCAAGUAACUUGACGAAAAAGAUACCAACCGUGAGACCUAAAGUCGAAGAGAGAGCUGCUUUAAAAGUUCAAGAUAAUGAUACAAGACCCCGUUGGAAUCUCUCGGUGAAGCCGUUACAAGGAACAAAGGAUUUUACAUUGAAAAAUAGUCGGCCGCCAAAUUAUUCUGCUAAAUUUUCUUCGAAGAAAAGUUCGAACGAAAAUUCUUCCCCAAAUAUCCCGCAGCUUUAGCUUUACGAGGGGAAAAAAAAAAAGAAUCGUAAUCACCGUCGAUAUUAUAACUAAAAUUCUUUUAGUUGUUUGUUUGUUCCUAAGAAUCGAAGUCA